AUGGAUGAAACUGAUAAACCUGAUGAAAUACUUAAACAAGUUCCAUUGAUUAAAAACCCCAUAUUUCAAACCCCGAAAUCAAUCACUUUAAAUACCAACUAUAAUCAACUUUUGCCUAAUCUUGCCAAUUCCAAACCUCCAAAGAUUAACUUAUCAUCCAAAGAUUUAGAAAACUGGAUAGGAGAAAUAGAGAAAUUGAAAAAAGAUUAUCAACAGCAUGAUGAAAAGUAUAGUCAAUGGUUGAAGAGUCAGAAAUUACACAUAGCUCCGGGAUUGGAUUCUAUAAUGACUCCCAAACAUAAGGAACUUCACGAAAGACACGACAAAGACAAUAAGAUAGACACAGACAACAAUAAUCAUGACAAAGAGGAUCACUUCAAGGACGAUCAUCAACACACAGACGACAUUAAUGACUUGGAUAAAAUAUUCGGUAAGGCUAGAAUUGAAUAA